CUUUUGUAAACAAACCAGCAAAGGGAAGCAAGAGGAGCAUACUGUAGCAUAGCAGUCUUGUUUUGAAACUGCACACAUUGAAUGAUUGAUACAGAGAGACAGAGAGGAUGGAUGAAAUAGAUCUACUAUCAUUAGCGGAAAGUAUAGCGCGAUCUUGUAAUUUAAAUGAUUGGGACAAAGCCAAACAACUCCUCAAGAAAAUAAUCACAGAUGAAAGCGGUCUAAAAAAUGUAAGCCAAGGAUUAUUUCUACAAUGUAUGAAUGAAAUUCUUAAAAACCUCAGUGAAAAAAUCAACCACAGUGAUGACAAUAUAUUACAACCUGUUCAGGAGUGUGCAGCAGAAUGCUUUCGAUGUUUGCGACAGGCAUGUGCUCUCAAUUCCCAAAUCCAGAGUGGCCUUUCUUCUUUUAUGGAUAUUUUAGAAAAUACAAAAAUUAUUACAGAAAAAAUAAUUUCAGUUGAUGCACAAAAAGACUCAGAGAAUGUUUUAAAAUGUGCCAUUCAAUUUCUUGGGAAUGCUUGUGUAUCCAAUGCAACAAAUCAGAAAGCUAUAUGGGAACUAUUCAUAAAUCAAUUCAGGUCAUUUCUUCAUCAUGCUGAUAGUAAAGUCUGUGAUUACACGUGCAUGUUAGUUCAUACAUGUUUGACAACUGUUGCCAAAAUUGACCAGUGCCUAUUAAACAAUGCUUCAGCGCAAGACAUUGUUCUUACUUGUAUUGAAGCCACUGCACAAAAAGAUAUAGAAUGGGGAUUGUAUGUUUUAGAGGACAUGCUGAAGAAUGAUUUAUUUCUCCCAAAGCUGUAUUGGAAAAUGGGACAUAAAGAAAGGUUGUUGACGAUGGAAGUGAUGUUGGCUGAGAUGAUAGACCUUCCAGAAGACUGCAGUGGGGGCCAGGCUGAGCUCGACCCUAGCCAGCUUGCUAUUUCACAGGCCAAUCUCAGCUUCAUUGCUGAUGACGUCAAGAAAGAGUGCAACCUGAUUCUGAAGCUGAAGUCUCCAGAGACCACUGACCAGGAGAAUGGAGUAAGUGUUGUACAUUGCACCAACCAAAGUUUCGUUUAUAAUAUGCACAUGGCGUUAGUUAUUGCUAAAGAAUUGGAGCUGUUAAGUAUUGCAGCGCAACAUCAGACGAUAUAUCCCAGCAUUCAACAGGACACAGAACUGCUUGUGUGUGCAAUAAAUUUACUGAGAAGUAUCAAUGACAUUGGCAAGUCUGGUGGUAAUGUGUUCAGCCGUGAGGAGAAGGCUUCAGGUGUGGACAGCAUUGACCCUCACCAUCCAGUGUAUGGACUGAAGAAAGAUCUCAUUCGGCUGAUAGCCAACAUGGCUUACAAGCACAGAGCCAACCAGGAUUUGGUGAGAUCCUUGGAUGGUAUUCCUCUGUUGCUGGACCUGACCAUGAUUGACUGCCACAAUCCUUUUAUCACCCAGUGGGUUGUUCUGGCCAUUCGGAACCUUGUGGAAAACAACAGAGAGAACAGAGAUGUCCUAUCUGGCAUGUCGCUGCAAGGUAUGGCCGGCCACAUCGCUGCUCUGAGGGAGGCAGGCAUCCACACUGAGCUGAGAGGUGGGAAAAUUGUAGUCAAGCCAGUGGAUGGAUAAAGAAUCUACUUAGGAAUAGGGCUCACUAUUCUCAUCAUCAUCUGUUGGACGUAUCCAGUUUUGGAUAAAAUAAAUACAAUAACUUUGCCUUAUCUUGCUCAAUGCCCCUCAUGAUCUAAAUACAAAUGAUUUAUUCUUUUCCAAUGUACUACACUUUUAUAUUAGCAGUAUUAUCAAAGUAUUCUUCAAAAUAAUGUCUCAGCUCAACAUUAUAUAAGCGUAUAUCAAAAACAUCAACUCAUAAACUUUUACCACGGAGCUUAUUAUUAUUCUUCCACAGUGCAUUUUUUUUAACCAUAGAAUAAUUAAUGCUGUAUAGACCCAAUACUAGAACAUAGAAACCAACUGGACUCUUACAAAUCUUUUUUUUUUAAUCUUUGCUGACAAAUAGAUAGAAGAUUUAUUUUUACUUUAAAUAUAAAGAUAAGUGAAUGAGAUUUUUAUAUUUUAAUAAAAGAAAAGUUAAUGUUACAAUUGUAAUAUUAUUCCAUUUUUAAUGAAUAAUUUGUGAGAAGAUUGCUCUGUUGAGAGCAAAGAUAAAUUAUUUAUUUCACUUUCCUUUUUUUUUUAGUUUCUAUACCAUGACAAUAUUUUGUAUUUGUCAUUUCUGGCCUAAAUCCCAAACUCUGGCCAUUCCUUCUGUAUUAUGCUGAAUUUACUAUUAGAUAAAAUUGUUCCAAGUAGGAGUUAUCCUGUAAUUCUUUGAUUAAAAAUACAUUUUAGACUGCAUUAUUGUCUGAACUAUUGUUUUGAAUCUUUGUAUUUAAUAUUUUUUAAAUCUUUGUCCUUAGCUAGCUGUUAAAUGUAGUGGGAUAUUUACCCGUUAUAGCAAGUCUUGCUGCCAUCAAAAAAAUAUUUUUUAUGAAACUUUUAUUUGCUUAGAAAAAAUUGAGAAUUCUGAGGCUAAUUUUAUUCAUUCUUUGUUAACCUUCAUUUUAUUUUGUGCAGCAGUAUUCAGCCUUUAUUAUUUUAACAUAUUGUUAACUUGUUCACCUCUGGCCAUUUAUAUCUGUGAAAAAGUUCUUUUUGUUUUCAUUAACUCUAUAUGUUCUUGAAUACUUUACAUUUAUCUUUUCACACAUUUAUAGCUCAUUUCUAGUUCUAUGAAAAGAAAACAUGAAAUAAUAGAUUGUUUUGAUGUAAUGAUGUAUUAUAUAAUGUUCUCCUGGCAUGAAUCCAAGUCAAUGUGUUCUUCAAAUUUUUUAGCUCUAAGGCAAUGUUUGGCUUAACAAAAUGUGAUACAGAAAAUGAUUGCCAAAGAGAUUUUGACAUUAAAGAUUAUAGCCAGUAAUCAAAUCUGUCAGAUAGCUAUCAGCUUGCCUAACAACUGAUUAUUUUGACUAAUCUAAAAAAAAUUAUUAUAAUUCCAGCUGUAAGUUUGUACUAAAAAUAGCUUAAAUUUUUUUUCAGUAUUAUGCUAUUGUUGUUGAGUAGUUGUGUCUGUCAUUAUAAAAUGUCACAUUGGGUUUCCAUAAAUUGUAGAGAGUUCUUUAACAUCUAGUAUCUAAUGCUCAAGUAGGCCUACCAAUUGAAGUAUCAAAACAUUAUAGUACCGUCAAAGGGGAACAACUUAAGCAUUGAUGUUUUUAUUAUUAUUGUAUAUUAUUUUGUAUAAUUGCUGUUAGCAACAUCCAAUUUAUAUCAGAUGUAGCAUACAAGAUUUGAUAUGACUUUUUCUGGCUCAAUGGCAACUUGUUUGUUAUGCUAAUGGCAUUGACUUUUCCAAUGUCUGCUUUAGUCUUCUGCUGAUUGCAGUGUCAUGUUACUUCUAUCACCACAAGCUCUACAUUUUCAUUGAUUUCAAUAAUGGGGCUUAAAGCGCCUCUGCGUUUGUCUUUUGUUGCAGAUAUUUCAAAAAUGGAAAUGUUUUAAUAUUAGAUUUUAAUGAGCCGUAUCUUUAUUUGCUAGUAAUUAGGAAUUUUUUCUUUAGAAAAAAAUUCUCUGGACUAAACACAAUUUUUCUGUUUCCAGUCAAUGAAAGUGAAUGAAGUGUAAAAUAUUGUACAAAUCUCUGCCUCUUAACCCAAUCUAUUUUAAUGAAUCUUUUAGUUGACUGUCUUCUAAUUCACCAUGUCUGGCACCAUUAGCAACCAAAGAACUGUGUUUGUGUUCAACUCCAGAGUUGUAUCUUUAGUGCUCACAUGUUUUACAUUCAUCAUUCUCAUUGCAAUAGAGUUCUCCACCGUCAAAUGCUGACCUAUAUAAAAUAUCAUUUUUAUUUUCUUGUGUCGUUUUGGUCCUGCUAUGAUUAUGAUACCAUCAGAGUGUUGAAUGACUUUUCAAUGACUUUCUAUGCUUUUUAAUUGAAUUUUUUUUUCAUUCAACUAAACCAGCGGUUCUCAACCUUUUUAGCGCGGCGACCUCCUAAUAUGAUUCCCCACUAAGCGGCGACCCCCAACCGUAAAAUUUAUUUCGUUCAUAGGCGUAGGUAGAGCCUAAAUAUGAUUUUGCUAAUGUUAUAAGAUCACAAUAAAAUUUUAAAUGUAUAUAAAUCUGACAUCCAUGAUUUAUUUACAAAGCAAAGCAUUAUCUAAUUUUACUUAUUGUAAAAUAAAUUUGUGCUUAAAUUACAAAAAAAAAGUUUAAACAUGUGCUUGUUACAACACUUAAGAAAUCGCUUGACAAAAAAAAACAAAAAAACUUCCAAUGAAAAAUAGAUGAGAAACCGAAAUUUCCGAUGGUCUUAGGCAACCCCUGGCAAAUGGUCAUUCGAUCCCAAAAGGGGUCGUGACCCACAGGUUGAGAACCCUUGAACUAAACACAUGCUGUAAAUGUAAGAAAGAUUACCCAGUCUGCAAGAGAAAGUCUAUAUAGUGUUUUGUAACAGAUUCUUGAGAUUUCAUUACUGACUAAACCACAGUUCAGGCUUAAGAAAAAACUUAGGUUCCCUUCUCUCAGUAGUGCUAAUGUAAAAACAAAAGUGGGGUCUUCAAUCAGAAUCGUAAGUUUGUGUGAAGCUUAUGAGUAAAAUUGAGUUGUUACAUAUGACAAAAAAGGCCUAUUAUAGCCAGUAACUUUGAAUAACGUGUACACUCUGUUGAAGAGGAAGUGUAAAAAUGUGAAUAUUGUUGAAUUCAUUUGACAUGGAAAAAUAUUUACAGGAGCUUUAGUAGUCAGUCAAAAAAAAAAGAAAAUUUUAAAUGUUAUAGAUUUUUUCUUUUCAAUUAUAAAAUUGUGUGUGUUACUUGGUUCAACAUGACCCACCAGGUCAUUGUUUUGUUAAGUGUCAAUGAAAACUCAGUUAUGGUGGGAAUGUGCAAUAAUGGCUUUUUGUUUAACUUGUCUGACAUUCAAAAGUGUUUUGGCAGCAACAUAGUUUUCCUAUUCUUCUCCAGCAUAGGAGAGUUUGCUUCAUUUUCCACUAGUGUGGUUCAUUAUCAUGUCAGUGUCAAUCUUAUGAAACCAAGUUGUGCUCCUUUCUUUAGGUUCAAUUAGUUUAGGUGUUUUAUAUAGAUUGAAUAAAAGAUGGAUUUGCUUCUAUUUCCUACAUAUUCAUUGACCCCAUAUUAGAGUUUCUAUUCAACACUUUUAAAAAUCUUUUCCUUUAUAUUUAUGCACUUACUAAAUUCAGUAAAAAUAUAAGAUGAAUCUUUACUCUUGCAAAAUAUUUACAUUUACAGCCAUAUUAUUUUGUAAACAUUUUUCCCUGAUUAAAAAAUGUUUAUGUAUCAAAGUGAAGUAUAAAUUAUGUAUGUCAACUUAUUUGUUUGUUUUAUUAUAUUAUUAUAUUAUUGGAUCUAUCUUCAUCAAUGAAAAUUAUUUUGACCCAACAGAGUUUUUAUCUGGCCAAUCUCAUAUAAACUUAUGUAUAGUUUUAUGUCUAACAUUACUAUACUAGUAGCUUUAAAAAAAAAACAACACGUAAUUCAGAGGCUUAAACCUAUCCAAGGGGCUGGAUUUCAAAGCCCGAAAGUCAGCCAGCACUUCCCUUCCCUUGUUUACAAAAGUGAUUAGACCAUAGCACUCUGAGAAUACCAUAGCACUCUGAGAAUACCAUAGCACUCUGACUGAGAACACCAUAACACUCUGAGAACACCAUAGCACUCUGAGAAUGCUAUAAAUAUGAAAGCUGCGCUAUACAAAAACAUUUUUUUUUUUAAAUUACUUUCUUUAUAUCUUGUUAUAAUUGAAAAUAAGGAACUGAAAGGAAAUACAAUUUUCCAACCAAUACUUAUGCCUUUCAAAAGUGACAUGAAAACUUGGCUUUACAAAGUUGUAAAUAUAAAUUGUAUAAUGCAGUGUAUAAUGGUAAAGAAUAUUGAAUGAAUUUAUUUUGUUGUUCUUGUUUCACAUUUACACCUCAAUACUUUACACCUUUGAUAUUUUUAUUUUCCAAGAUACAUUCGGAAUAUUUAUCAUUCAAUUAUUGUGCACUUUUUUAUUUGGGGGGGGGGGG